GGACGAACCUUUUAAAACGACGUCGUUGAGACACUCGAGGGAUGCUGCCGCUUUCGCUGGUGCUAGAGUGCUAGUGUAGCAGAGUGCGAAAUUCGGGUCGGCAAAGGGAAGAGAUUCCUUCCCCGAAGCAAAGACUGAGAAGGAAGGGAAAGAAAAGUCUUAAUUUCUGGACGGCUGAGAGCCGAUUCAAUCCUUAGCUUUUGACUCUCAGUUUCAAUUCAAUCUUCCCUUCCUGGUACCCAUCCCCGAAUCUUCUUCAAUUUGAUUUGAAGAAGAUGACCGAGGUAGCCAGCUCCGUCGUGCACGAAGUGCUAGGUCGAAGAGCUCAAGACGUCGACAAGCCCAUUAUCGACUACGUCGUCAACGUCCUCGCCGACGAGGACUUCGACUUCGGCGUCGAGGGGGAGGGCGCCGUCGACGCUAUCGGCGAAAUCCUUGUCAGCGCUGGCUGCGUCUCCGACGAUGCCGAAUGCCGCUUGGUUUGUAGCAAGCUCUCUGAUAAAUUUGGAAAGCAUGGCUUGGUUAAAGCCAAACCAACUGUUCGAAGCCUAGCAGCACCAGUAAGAAUGUUUGAUGGAAUGGAUGAUGAGGAAGUCCCAAAGAAGAAGCUCGAGGUGAUGGAUGGUCCUGUGCUAUCAGAGCGUGACCGGGCAAAGCUUGAAAGGAAAAAGAGGAAGGAUGAACGCCAACGAGAGGCACAAUAUCAAAUGCAUUUGGCAGAAAUGGAAGCAGCGAAAGCAGGAAUGCCUGCUGUAUGUGUAAACCAUGACGGCGGUGGAGGUGGACCUGCUGUUAAGGAUAUUCGUAUGGACAAUUUCAGCGUCUCUGUGGGUGGUCGUGAUCUCAUUGUAGAUGGUUCUGUGACACUUUCCUUUGGGAGGCACUAUGGUCUUGUUGGGAGAAAUGGUACAGGAAAAACGACUUUCCUCAGGCAUAUGGCUUUGCAUGCCAUUGAGGGUAUUCCUAAAAACUGCCAGAUAUUGCACGUGGAGCAAGAAGUGGUCGGUGAUGACAUGACAGCCCUGCAAUGUGUUCUUAACUCUGACAUUGAAAGAACUCAGCUUUUGGAAGAAGAAGCUCGUCUAGUUGCAUUACAGAGAGAAUUGGACUUUGACGACAUAACUGCAAGCAAAGGGGAGUCAAAUGGAGGGGUUGACAAAGAUGUUAUUGCACAAAAGCUUGAUGAGAUAUAUAAGAGGCUUGUGUUUAUUGAUGCAGAUUCUGCUGAGUCACGUGCAGCUUCCAUUCUUGCGGGUCUCAGUUUCUCUCCAGAAAUGCAGAAGAAGGCAACAAAAACAUUUUCUGGGGGAUGGCGAAUGCGUAUAGCUCUUGCUCGGGCACUAUUCAUAGAGCCUGAUUUGCUACUGCUUGAUGAACCAACGAAUCAUCUCGAUCUUCAUGCUGUCCUUUGGCUUGAGUCUUAUCUUGUGAAAUGGCCAAAAACUUUUAUUGUUGUUUCCCAUGCCAGAGAAUUCUUGAACACGGUAGUCACAGAUAUAAUCUAUUUACGUGGGCAAAAAUUGACUACUUACAAAGGGAAUUAUGAUACAUUUGAGAGGACUCAAGAGGAACAACUUAAGAACCAACAGAAAGCAUUUGAGGCUAAUGAAAGGACAAGAACCCAUAUGCAGUCAUUUAUUGAUAAGUUCCGGUACAAUGCAAAACGGGCAGCUCUUGUUCAGUCAAGGAUCAAGGCUUUGGAUCGACUGGGUCAUGUGGAUGAAGUUGUUAGUGACCCUGACUACAAAUUUGAAUUUCCAACCCCAGAUGAUAGACCAGGUCCCCCAAUAAUAAGUUUCAGUGACGCUUCAUUUGGUUAUCCUGGGGGUCCCCUAUUGUUUAAGAAUUUGAAUUUUGGGAUAGAUUUGGACAGCCGUAUAGCAAUGGUUGGGCCAAAUGGCAUUGGCAAGUCAACCAUACUCAAAUUAAUUGCAGGGGAGCUUCAACCAAGCUCUGGGACAGUUUUUCGUUCAGCUAAGGUUCGCAUUGCUGUGUUCAGUCAACACCAUGUUGAUGGGCUAGAUUUAUCUUCAAAUCCUCUUCUUUAUAUGAUGCGGUGCUUCCCGGGUGUGCCUGAACAGAAACUCCGAAGUCACCUGGGUUCAUUAGGUGUCUCUGGAAAUCUUGCUCUUCAGCCAAUGUACACAUUGUCAGGUGGUCAGAAAAGCAGAGUUGCUUUUGCAAAGAUAACUUUCAAGAAACCACACAUUAUACUUCUCGAUGAGCCGUCAAAUCAUCUAGAUUUGGAUGCUGUAGAGGCACUAAUUCAAGGUCUUGUUCUGUUCCAAGGAGGCGUAUUAAUGGUAAGUCAUGAUGAACAUCUGAUAUCGGGAAGUGUCGAGGAGCUGUGGGUGGUGUCUGAAGGUAGGGUGAACCCUUUCCAAGGGACAUUCCAAGACUACAAGAAGAUCCUUCAGUCCUCUUAGAAGCAACUUAAGCAAGCUCCACCCUGAAAGGUUUUGAAGCUUUGCUGUUUACUCAGGGUGAUUUAAGAGCCCUCUUAUGUUUACAUUCUGGAAAUUGAAGUUGGUUUCCCUCAUAUGCAAUAGGGCAUAUUCAUUUUUUUUUUUAUAGGGUUUUAGGGUGAUCUGUUUUCUUCGUAUAUUUACAGUCGUCCCAAUAUAAUUAUGGUAACGUUUUGUAGCCCCUGUUUGGUUAAUGAGAGUUCAUGUAUUCAUUUUUGUCGAUACUAUGGGCCCUUGUGGGCAUUCAUGGAUUCUUUGUGAGCCAUUUAAAAUGAGCUAAUGGUAAAAACAAACUUGUCACUCAGUUUGAUUCA